ACAUAAACACACAUUUUGUACCACGAGUUAAUUUAAUGUAAUAAUAUUAAAAUAUAUACACAUAGUGUUGCCAAACAAGAUAAACUAGUGUCGGGAAUAAUAAUCGGGUCCCGAAAAACAUUGUGUGUUUGUGUGUAUAUAACAACAAUAAUGUGUGACCAAAGAGUGGGCGAACUAAUACUGUUGGACUCGAUGUUCCCGAAACAGUGCCAAUGGGACGACCCAUCAGUUGGACAGGCAGUCAGCGAACAGGACUACGAGUUUGUCUACGGGAAAGCCCUGGAGUUUACCUUCCAGUGCGACAAACAUUUGGAUAUAAUAUGCACUCUAGGCGUAGACUAUCCGAAAACUACAACAUUGUCGGGAAACGGGAUUCACGUACACUGUCGUGUACUGGACGGUCGACUGUCCAAUUCGGUACAGAAAACACUCAACGAUAGGGUGGGAGACUACCUGAGCAGCAGCAACAACGGCAGUACAGAUACCGAUACCGGUCUAGACUACGAUAUCAUUAGUGUUAUACAAAAAAUACAGGAAUUGUGGACCGAUUUGGAUAGUAUUAAAUUGUUGGCCAAUAAUACUAGUAGUUAUAACUGUCCCGCUAAUGGUGGUGACCACGCGUCUAAUGACACUAAUCAAACACUGGGAGGCAAUAAUAAUGAUGAUGAUGUGGAGGACAGGGAUGCAGGCAUAUCUAGGUAUUGGAUUUAUUCACAUCAUAUAAAAUCGACAAAAAAGCGUCAAUUGAUCAUUGAUUUGGCCCGUGAGCUACAUCUGACUGGUUUUACAUGUGUGGGAAAGCCUGGAUUCAUAUGUGUUGAGGGCGGGCACCGGUAUUGCGAACAAUUUUGGCAACAAAUACGGUCAUUGAGUUGGCAACGAAUAACACUUAUAGAUACGGAACGACACUUACCGACAGCACCGGGAGGUAGUAGUGAUGGUUGUGGUCUAGCUUUUGUUGACUAUCACGAAUUGGCCGAUACGGCCCACAUGUUUCGGCUACUGGAGGCCAACAAAUGCGAUAGUGUUGUCAAAAACUUUUUAGGCUUUACCACCAAUUAAUUGAUAUUAUUAUAUCAUAUGAUAUGAUAGCAUACAUAAAC